AUGAUGGCGGCCGGCGCGGCCCUAACCCUGGCCCUGUGGCUACUACUACCGCCAGUAGGGGUUGGAUGGGCAGGGCCCCCGGCGAUUCAGGACGGUGAGUUCACGUUCCUGUUGCCUGCAGGGAGGAAGCAAUGUUUCUACCAGUCCGCGCCGGCUAACGCAAGCCUCGAGACCGAGUACCAGGUGAUCGGUGGUGCUGGGCUGGAUGUGGACUUCUCCCUGGAGAGCCCUCAGGGCGUGCUGCUGGUCAGCGAGUCCCGCAAGGCAGAUGGGGUACACACGGUAGAGCCCACAGAGGCUGGUGACUACAGGUUGUGCUUUGACAACUCCUUCAGCACCAUCUCUGAGAAGCUGGUGUUCUUUGAACUCAUCUUUGACAGUCUGCAGGAUGAUGAGGAGGUGGAAGGCUGGGCUGAGGCCUUGGGCUGGGCUGAGGCUGCAGAGCCGGAAGAAAUGCUGGAUGUCAAGAUGGAAGAUAUCAAGGAAUCCAUCGAGUCCAUGAGGACCCGGCUAGAGCGCAGCAUCCAGAUGCUGACACUGCUGCGGGCCUUUGAGGCACGUGACCGAAAUCUACAGGAGGGGAACCUGGAGCGUGUCAACUUCUGGUCUGCCGUCAAUGUGGCCGUGCUGCUGCUGGUGGCCGUGCUGCAGGUCUGCACGCUCAAGCGCUUCUUCCAGGACAAGCGUCCUAUGCCCACGUAG